AUGAGUGGAUUAUUUCAAGACUACGAUUCAAAUGCAGCUGCAACAGCAGCUGCAAAUAUACCCGAUGUCUUGCCUAAGGAGUUUCUUGCGGAAGAUUUAAUUACAGAUUCACGUAAUGAUACCGCAACUUCGCUUUCCUUAGAUUUGAGUAAAGAAGGUGGGUUCUCAUCAGCAGGAGAUAGCAUUUCUAAUUCAGCUUCUGCUAAGCAUGACCAGGGAAACCAACAGAAUUUGGUAGGGACAUCACCUUUAGAAGCGCUAGAAACAACAAAAUUACCGCUAUCUACACCGAUGUCCAUGAUAGAGAACACGAAUACUAACUCCAAUGCCGGUAAUGGCAGUGGAAUAGAUCCAAAUCUUUUGAAUAACAACUUGUUUAUGGAUUCACUCGGAUUAAGUCCACCAACUGAGGAGUUGAGUGGACCUGACCCAUAUUCACAACCAAGUUUGAACUCGUUAUUAGAUGAUUACGUUUCUACGGAGAUGCUUCUGAACAAUAAUAACCAAGGCCCAAUACAAGAUACUGUCACCAGUCCCGUACCGGACGUGACUGGUUCAAGGGGUUCAAUCUCACACUCGGUAGAUUUUUGGAAUUUGCCCAACAAUCCCAAGACAAGAAGACGUACGACUGGAUUCACGGGAAUUGAUAGUGAACUGUCUGAUGUUUUGAAUGGGUACCAUCUAAAUUUAAGACGGAAUUCCUUGAGUAAUAAUGUAGGUGGUGCACCACCGCCAUCCCAACGGCAUGGAUUUAAAAAACAGCCGCAGAGAAGUUCAAUGUCCGUCUUGGAUGGUCCGUUGAACACAGAUUUGUUUAACAAGAUAUAUGAAAAUGGCGUGUCGUCAUCAAAUUUGAAACUGGUCUCACCUUGGGAAAAGAAUACGAAUGGUGAUGACGAUCAAGGUUUACCUUCAAAUUUAGAACCGAUGAUGUCACCCAAAUCUCCAAAGAACGUUAUUGGUACUGGCACUGGUAGCGGUACUGGCGGUAAACGGAGACCAGCGACGUCAAAUCAGAACUUUAUCAAUCCCUCAAUGGUUCUGUCUGACAAUGCAUCUACUUCUGCAAAGGUUGCCACUACAGGUGGUGGUAAUAGCGAAGGGAGUUUUGAUUUGUCUCUCGAUCCACAGGCGAUUAUGCGCGAAUCUCCGGGUCCGAAUCAAGUGGAGGGGGGCAUACCUUCACCACUAGUGUUACCGCAGGAGCUUUCUUCACCCUCACCUAAAGAACAAGAGGCUACAACGCUAGGGCAACAAGAUCCAUUACCGUUGGGGCAACAAGAGCCAUUGCCAUUGGGGCAACAAGAGCCAUUACCGUUGGGAGUUCCAGAAACUCCGCUACCAUUGACGGUGCCACAACAAUCACAAGCACAAGCACAGGCGCAGCAUGAAAUCCAGAGUCCUCCUCGGCCACUUGCAGCACCUGCAGCAGCUAGAAGAAGGAUGUCAACUGCCAACAUAAUGACUAUUCACAAUGGUAACGGUGCUGUUAAUGUUCAAAACCAGCCUACAGUGUCAAGCAGAAAAAACAGUAGAUCCAUUACACCAAUGAACGCAUCCGAUGAAGAUGUGAAACCUUUUAAAUGCAAAGAGUGUUCGAAGGCAUUCCGUCGCAGUGAACAUUUAAAAAGACAUAUCAGGUCUGUGCAUUCAAGUGAACGACCAUUUGCCUGUAUGUUUUGCGAAAAGAAAUUCAGCAGAAGUGAUAAUCUGUCCCAGCAUUUAAAGACCCAUAAGAAACAUGGUGACUUUUGA